GAUUACGAAACGAACGUUGGUGCAGGUGGUUCACAGCUCUCAGGUGGGCAAAAGCAACGCAUCGCCAUUGCCCGUGCCCUCAUCAGAAAGCCAAAAAUUCUCCUCUUGGAUGAAGCGACUUCCGCCUUGGAUGUGGACAGCGAGCGAAUUGUUCAGAAGACGCUAGAUGAAGCUAUGCGAGUACCGGAAGGUGGUCGAACUAGUCUAGUUGUCGCCCAUCGUCUCACCACGGUCAUGAAUUGUGACAAGAUUGUGGUUAUGAUGGGUGGUCGGCGUGUCGAGUACGGCUCUCCUCAGGCACUAAUGCAAGCAAAGGGUAUCUUCUAUGAACUCCAAAAUGUCGAAGCUGGAAAAGAAUGA